AUGCACAAUGCGACAAUUGACGAAGAACUUGCCAACAACCGCUGGUAUGCCUUGAAGCAAGAGGAGGUCAAGGUCUUGGUCAAAGAAUUGUGUGACAAGCUCACGAGUGCGAUGCAGAAGUAUUCGUCCGUCGACCAACGCUUCCAGGAUUUGAUUGAUGCAGCAAAAAUCGCAAGAAAACUACCUGACAUCAGGCAUUACAGUGUGGCAGUACUUGGCGAGCAAGGUAUUGGCAAGAGCUCCCUCAUCAACGCACUACUCGAUCGAGGCCUUCUGGACCGAUCAGGUUCGUCAAAAGCAUGCACCGCUUAUGCAACUGUACUUGAGUAUAAGCCCGGAGCUACUGACCACACCACUCUGAGCGAUCUUCUAGUUGUGUUCUUCACCAAAGAGGAGAUCCGAGAUUCUAUCAAGGAACAAAUGAAUCACUGGGUCGAGGUCUAUCCUGGCGUUGAUGUUAAUCGCCAGCCCCUCCGAGGCGAAGACGAAAACGAUCCCGACGACGAGAUUGCUACUCCAAUGCCACAUAAAAAGUUAUCCAAGACGAUGUCGCGUGCAAUCGCUACUGCAAAAGAAUUCUUCGAGAUCAUCUUCAAUGUGCAGAAAGAUAAGCAAGCAGGUGUCGAGCUUGAGAGGGAACUCUAUCACACGAACAUCAAAGAGGGAAACUUCUUGAACGAUUGUUGCAGACGAGCCAAUGAUCGAUUCACCCAACUUGCCACAGAGAUGAGCGAGGUGAACCUUGAAACUCGGACCGCACAUUUCAAGAACAUUCCUGACACCAGGCUUGGGAGGAAAACAAGUAAGAUCAAGGAGCUGUGGCCGUUCGUGAAGGUUGUGACCAUUGCGACUGGUCACAUACUAUUCCGACAUGGUUUACGUCUCUUUGACUUGCCAGGUUAUGGUGAUAUGAGUCAGUUGCGUGAAGGCGUCAUCAACAGCUUCCGCUGGAAGGCUGACUUCGAGAUGGUGGUUGCGCCAUGUUCUCGACUGCAGACCAGUGUCCUACAUGAUGAAUAUAUUGAUCGAUCGAUCCACCUCAAAGGAGCGAACAAGACUAUAUUAGUCAUGAACAAGUCCGAUGAACUCAUCAACGAAGACAACAUGGGCACACAGAUUCGACAGAUCAACGAACACCCAUUCCCAGCUCUGAACGCACGAUUAGAGACCAUUGACAGUCUCUACGAAGAGGGGGAUGCCGAUGAUUAUGUCAUCUCCGACAUGCUAGACGAUUUACUGAGAGAAGCCACGAUUGCUUACAUAAAGUAUGAGACAGCAAAUGUGCAGAGACAAAUGCAGCCUAAGGGAAUCAAGGUUUUCUCGGUAUCCGCACUCGCCUACACCUCAUCGAGAAGUCGCAUUCAGAGAGACACUCCAAUUCUUGACGAUACUACGGCCGGUAUCUACGCGUUGAGACACUUCCUUGCUACGUUGUCGGCGACCACCAACUACCAGAAUUUCUAUGAACAUGUUCACGAAAAGCUACCAUCAUUCCGAAGACAAGCUGAACGACCUUUGGAGAAGCACAUAGAAGACAAGAGCUAUGCUAAGAUGCGACGCGACUUGAAGGCUCAGAUCGGACCACUUCGGAACACCUUAAAAGAUUUGACUGGCAGUCCCCUGCAGUCUCUGGUAGGAAAGCCAUGGUCUCAAAACGAGAAACAAAGUAUCAUAAGUGGCAUACAGCGGCUAGUGCAGAACUCAUGGGUUCAUCCUUUGAUCUACUACCCGAGCUUUGCAAAAAUGCUUGCGGAGAACGGCAAACCAGUCUCCGGACAAUUUAAGGGUUACAACAUGAACUACGAGCUCCUUGGUACCAUGAAGGGGUUUCUGGACAAAUGGUAUAACAACUUGGACGCCAGCACCGCGGACUUCGCUAUGAGUUUGUGUAGGGUGCUUCAAAAGCUGUUGCAGGAAACUCGAUCGGCCAUCUCCCAGUCAUCCGCACACUCGGCUCUGAAGCUAAGAGCUACUGAAGAGUUGGCCCUCGUAGAACGACGCAUCCAAGCGGCAUAUGACAUGCUGCUCGCUAGUCUUCGCGUCUCACUUGGAGAGACCCAUCUGCGAUUUACCACGGAGAUCGAUAUCUACUGUCCCAUAGCAACUGCAAUGAAGGCAUCCUACGACCGAGUCUCCGAUCGAAAUCUGGUUGGCGCUGGCCCAGGAAUCUACAAAAGACAACGACAAGCUCUGCAGAACUCGAUCAUCGGCAACCCAAUCUUUGGAAACUAUGGCUAUGGUCCCCCCAGUGAGGCAUUGCGUCCGCUUCUCAAGAACAUCGAGGAAAAAAUCCAAACCCAGCAGAGAGAUGCGUGGAAGACCGAUUGCGAGGCCUUCGUCACCGGCGCCGUUGAGCUAGUUGAGGGGUUCUCGAGCACUGCUGAACAGCUUCUCAUGAAUUCCUCGUAUGUGACCGAAGAGCACAAACAGGCUCGUGGCGAGCUGAGGAAGCUACUCAAUGAUUUCGAUAUGAGCCUUGAAGAUAUCCAGGGCCGAUUCAUCGGAGAAGAGGAGCACACUGGAAAGAAGGUCAAGCGCGAGGAGACGGAAGACGAGGCAUUAGUCGCACCAUCUGCUCUCGAUCCGCUGAUCCCUUCAGUACCGAUCUCGCAGGAUGAACGUUGGACUCAGUUCCGCGAGUGGUUUGGUGGCGGUCGCCCUGGACAGUGA